CUCCACCCGCCGCACUGAGCGCCGAGCUACUGAUGUAUGGGCGGGGCGAGGGAAGAGGCGGGGUCUGCAGAGGGGGCGGGCCCGCGCUCCGGGGCGGAGCUUGCUGGAACGGGGCGGGGCCGCGCCGGGAGGAGGCGGGGCUGUGAUCGAAGGGGGCGGGGCCGUGCCCGGCUCCUUCGGCCCCGUUCCCGUUCCCAUCCCCGCGCGGCCCCCGCGGGCUUCGGAUCCGGGCCCGGCGGAUCCUCCCCGCCCGCGGCGGGGGCAGGUCCGCCCGCCUCGCCCCCGCCGUCACCCCUGGCACACGGCCCCGCGGCCGCCGAGCCCGGCCAGCCGCCCCGGGUAGGCGGCGGGGGCAGUGCCGGUGCCGCCGCAGGCAUCUGGAAGGUUCCUGCUCGCCCGCCCCCCGCCGCCCCGACCCUCUCCCCUAUAAAUGCGGGCGGCGGUGCCCGGCGAGCGCAGAGUGGCGGGGCCAUGCUGGGGUUGUGGAUGCUGAUCUGGGGGUCCCUGGCCCUGCGCGGCCGCGCCGACACCGCGUUCCUGCACCGCGCCCCCGACGGCGCCGGGCACUGCACCUACUCCUUCACGGUGGCCAGCCCCGUCGAUGCCGCCUGCCCUGAGGCUGCCGGCGGCGUGCCCGAGCUGCGGGCAGAGCUGGUCGCGCUCGCCGCCCGCCUGAGCCGGCUGGAGAGCCGGGAGCGGGCAAUGGGGGGCUCGGGGCCCGGGGGGGCUCGGGAGCCCCAGCAAGUGGCCGCGGCCGCCCGGCUGGAGACUGCGUACGGGGAGCUGCUGCGGGCCAAAGCCCGGCUGGAGGAGGAGAAGGGGCGGCUGGAGCGGGAGAAAGAGGAGCUGGGCAGGCGGCUGGAGAGCAGCGCCCAGGAGAUCACCCGGCUGAGGGCCGCCCGCUGCCCCCCCGGCAGGGACGGGCCCGGCCGUGACACCCUGCGCGCCCCCGGCAAGGCGCCCCGCUGGGAUCCGCAGCCUCUCACCUUCCAGGAGCUGCAGUCGGAGCGGACGGAGGUUCCCGUGUCCCGGCUGCUGGAGGAGACGGCGCUCGGCCGCCCGGGGGGCGCGGACUCAGGCUGCGGAGAGCUCGUGUGGGUGGGGGAGCCCGUGGUGUUCGGCCGGGCGGACUCCAUCGCCGGGAAGUACGGCGUGUGGAUGAAGGAUCCCGAGCCCGUGCCCCCCUUCACGCGGGACACCACGUGGCGCGUGGACGCGGUGGGCACCGAGGUGCGGCAGCUCUUCCAGUACGAGGAGGCCGAGCAGCUGGCCCGGGGCUACCCCGCCAAGGUGCACAUCCUGCCGCGGCCCCUGGAGAGCACGGGGGCCGUCGUCUACCGCGGCGGGCUCUUCUUCCAGCCCCGCCACUCCCGCUCCGUGGCCCGCUACGACCUGCGGGGAGAGACCGUGACGGCCGAGAGGGAGAUCCCCGGCGCCGGCUACCACGGGCAGUACCCCUACGCCUGGGGCGGCUACACCGACAUCGACCUGGCGGUGGAUGAGACGGGGCUCUGGGUGAUCUACAGCACCGAGAGCGCCCGGGGGGCCAUCGUCCUCUCCAAGCUGGACCCCGAGACGCUGGAGAUCCGCCGGACCUGGGAGACCAAUAUCCGCAAGCGAGGGGUGGCCAACUCCUUCCUCAUCUGCGGCACCCUCUACACCGUCAGCAGCUACUCGGCCCCCAAUGCCACCAUCAACUUCGCCUACGACACGGCCACGGGCGCCAGCCGGGCCCUGAGCAUUCCCUUCGAGAACCGCUUCCGCUACCUCAGCAUGCUGGACUACAACCCCUCCGAGCGGCAGCUCUUUGCCUGGGACAGCUUCAACAUGGUCACCUACCCCGUGCGCCUCUCCCGGGCGUGAGCCGGGGCUGGGAAUGCACCGGCUCAGCCCCUGUGACCCCCCCAUGUGUGCCUUGGCAUCUUGCUUUGCUCCCCAGCUCCCCCCCCGGCACGGCCGGGAGCACCGGCCUUGGACA